UUGUUGGAUAUCUGCAAUGAUUUUAUUCCAGAAGAUUUGCAAAGAGAUCAGAAAAUUUUAAACUGAACAGAGAAUUGGAUGGUUUUAGGAAGCCUAAAUACUGCAUUUGGAUCAAUGUAAAAAUCUGACGUUAAAUCAUGGUGAUAUUUGAAUGGAUUCUUUUCUGAAUUUUUGGAGGAGUUUGUUCAUAGAGGUGAAAAUAUUCAUAGCUGAGCUUCCUAUACCGGAAGAACUAACAUAUUAAUUACUUUGCAUUGUACAAAGUUAUGCUAAAUUACAACUGGGUGUAUGUUUAGAAUAGAUGUUUGAUAACAGAAAAGACCGGCUGUGAGGACAAAAGGACAAGAAGAAGCUCUCCUCUGGAGUUCUCAGAAAACAUGGAGAGAUUCCAUUUCUUUGCGCUUCUGUUGAGCGGAGUCUUAAUCUCUGGAGUCCUCAGCCUUCAACCCACAAAUUUUUCAAUAGACUGUGAAACUAUGUCAACAAACCUAACUAAACCAGAGGAAUCGGCAUCACCCUAUCACCUUUUGGUAUCAUCUGAGGAAUAUAACCCGGGAAGUGAAGUUGAAGUGGAUCUGGAAGGAACAUCAAAUGCUGGAUUCAAAUGGUUUAUGCUACAAGCUCGAGACAUUGAAAAAAAUGUCCCCAUUGGCUCGUUUCUAACCAUAGACCCCAAUACACAGAACUAUGACUGUUACAAUUUGCUGAAUUCAACUUUAAUCCACAAGAGCUCUGAUGAGAAAUAUAAUGUUACAUCUAUCUGGAUUUCACCAGAGGCUAAGAAGGUUCAGUUUGUAGCAACUGUUUUUCAAGAUCCGGAAAGAUACUGGGUUGUUAUUUCCGACAAAAUCCUCUUCCCUAGAGAUUCCAAUGUAACAGGAAAUGAUAACAAAGUGGCUGAUGUGGUCAAAGAAAUCAGUGGAACACCAAGAAGUAGGAAGAAGUCUUCUAACAUUAUUGUAAGAGUAAACUGUGGCCAGGGUGGUUCUUAUGGAAGUGGCAGCGAAUGUGCCCAGGGUUCCACAUCUUCCUCACAGAGUGGUAGCAGUCAAUCACAGGGAGGCUUAAUCUACCAAGGGGGAAGCAUCAAAAAAGUUGGAUGCCUUGGUGGUGGAACUGCAAGUGUCUACAACAAAUAUGGUUGUGGUGAUGGAGGCAUAGACACAAGCGGCGGCAGCAGUUAUGGGCAGUCUGUUUCAACUAUUUCAGAUAAAGGGAAGGUCAUAGUAUAUCCUCCUACAAAGCCUUUCCCACCUGAACGUGAAACAUAUACAUCGCAACUUGCCAACUCCCACUACAAGCAUAUUCAGAGCACUAAAUACGGUGAAAAGAUCCAGAGCCAGGGUUCAAAUCCUCAAAGUGACAUCCGUAUUACAAUUCAGAGUGGACAACCUAUGAAAGUUUGUGAUAAGACCUCUUCUUCCUACAACAGCCAAGCCUGUAAACUGACUAUACAGUCUUCUGCAUCUCAGAGUGGUAGUUCUUCUGUCUCUCAGGGUGAAACGAUUAUAAUUGGUGGUGGUAGACCUACUUCAAUUGGUGGCAGUGGAACUUCAGUUAUAGUUAGUGGCGGGAGACCUUCUUCGGUUGGCAGUAGUGGAACCUCAGUUAUAGUUGGUGGCGGGAGACCCUCUACUGGAUCAUCAUCUACAUUUGGCAGCAGUGGAUCUAUUGUAUCAACUGGCAGUAAUCCUUGUGGUCAGGGAAAUACCCGUGACAAGAAUCCUUGUAAACCGGCUGGAUCAUCAUCUCAGCAAGGUUUUGGAAGUAGCCAAAGUGCUUCAUCCCAGCAAGGUUAUGGUUCCCAGGGUGGUUCGUAUUCUCAGGGGAAUAGAAAUCCUUGUGAUGGGAGCACUCUUGGUAAAAUAAUCAGCAGUAGCAACUGUCCAAAGGGGGUAUCAAGUGGAUCCUAUGGUGGCGGCAGCAGCAGCCAAUAUGGACAGUACGGUCAGAGUGGAUCCUAUGGCGGCAGCAGCCAAUAUGGACAGAGUGGAUCAUACGGCGGCGGCAGCCAGUACGGACAGAGUGGAUCCUAUGGGAGCAGCAGCCAAUAUGGACAGGCUGGACAGAGCGGAUCCUAUGGGAGCAGCAGCCAAUACGGACAGACUGGACAGAGUGGAUCCUAUGGGAGCAGCAGCCAUUAUGGACAGAGUGGAUCCUAUGGGAGCAGCAGCCAAUAUGGACAGGCUGGGCAGACCGGAUCCUAUGGGAGCAAUAGCCAAUAUGGACAGGGCUCCCAAUCAAGUGGAGGCUCCAACAUUAAGGGUUGUGGUGAAAACCCAAGAAACUGUAGACGCAAAAGGUCUGCAUUAGCUCUAAAUAUACUUAAGACAUGGAUCAAUAAGAUUCGGGGGAAAAGGAAUGAACCUUUUAAUUCAGAACACAGGUAUACCUAUAACCAGGAUAGGACCCUUUCGGAUGAUAGAAACAAUCAUCCACAGAGUCAAUGUAUAUGUCCUAAUACACAGAAUGAACAAGUUGGAUCAGAUGGAGGCAGCAGCCAAUCUGAACAGCCUCCAGAUAUUUUCUUUCUGAAAUCUAUUAAAAAAGGGCUCAAGCAGGGUGAAAUCCAGCAGGUUCUGACAGGUUCUGGAGAACCGGUCGCGGAAAUUUUGAGUAGUUCAGAGACCCGGCAAAUACCACCUCUGGCUGGCCCCAGAGUGGGGUGGGAAUGGAGAUUUUGCAAUAUCCUUCCCCCAGGAGUGGGGAGGGAAUGGGGAUUUUGCAGUAUCCUUCCCCUGCCACACCCAUCAAGCUACACCACACCCACCAAGGGUGGAUAUGGUGAAUCAUAUGAUGGCAACCAAUACGGACAGAGUGGACAAUAUGGGGGCAGCCACCAGUUUGGACAGGGAGGAUCAUAUGGUGGCAGUAGCAGCCAGGGAGGGUCACAUGGCGGCAGCAGCAGCAGCAGCAGUAGUAGCAGCAGCAGCUCUUAUGGGAGCCAGGGCAGCCCAUAUGGUGCCAACCAAUAUAGCAGCCAGGGAGGAUCAUAUAGCAACAGCAGUAGCAGCAGCAGCCAUUAUGGCAGCCAGGGAGGAUUAUAUAGCAACAGCAGCAGUAGCAGCAGCAGCAGUAGCCAUUAUGGCAAUCAGGGAGCAUCAUAUGGUGGCAACAGCAACCAAUAUGGAGACCAGGUUGAAUCUUACAAUAGCAGCAGCCAAUAUGGAGAGAAUUCUUCCUCUUCUGGAGCCAGUCAGCCAGAAGGUCAGAACUCGACUUCUUCAGGAGUAAUCCAAACUGGUGGACAAAUUGGAUGUUAUUGUACAGAUGGGCUUUCAGAUUCCUCUUAUCGUGGACAAAGCAGCCAAUAUGGUGAUGAACAAGGUUCCCAAUCAGCUAGUGACCAAUAUGGUCACGGAAAAGGAAGCUUGAAUGGGGGCACCAGCCAAUAUGUUGAACAUGGUGGCAGUAGCCAAUAUAAUGGACAAGGAAGCCAGCAGGGUGGCCAUAGCCAAUAUAGUGGUGGACAAGGAAGCUCAUAUAGCAGCAACAGUCAAUAUGGUGGCGGACAAGGAAGCCAAUAUGGUGGUGGACAAGGAAACUCAUAUGGUGGCAGUAGCCAGGAUGGUGAACAAGGAAGCCAGUAUGGAGCUGGACAAGAUGUCUCAUAUAGCAGCAUCAGCCAAUAUGAUGGACAAGGAAGCCAGUAUGAUGGUGGACAAGGUUCCCAGCAUGGAAGUACUCAGUUUGCUGGUAAUGGAAGAGGCAAGCAACAGAGUGGACAAGGUUUUCAGAGCCAUCAGUCUCAUAACUCUAGUGCUGCUGGGAAGCAGUCCGUCUUAGGUCUGGUGCUGUUCAGCAUUCUGAGUGCCUUUGCUGUCUUUUCUUCAACUGCAUCUAAAUGGAUUAUAUGAACUUUUGAAAUUUUAUCAAGGAGGUGACACAUUGGGGUCAGGUUUUUUUAGAUUCAUAUAUUCCUGUAGUCCCUGACCUCUACAUACACAAGUACCAUUAACAAUAUGCCUUGUUGCAAAUUACUGCUUUAUCUCCUUUUUAUAUAUAGGCACUCCUCAUUUGCUGACUAUAAUUAGGACUGGCAACUUAGUCAUUAAGCAAAGCAGUUCCUAAGUGAAACCACAAUUCUGCUAUGAUCUUACUUCAGCUUUCCUUUGCUUUACAAAACUACUAUAACUGUGAAUGGUUGCUAAAUGAGGCAGUUGCUAAAUGAGGAUUACAUGUAUAUUAUGCUAUUAUCUUUGUUUUUUUAAUGUACUAUAUUGUAUUUCAUUGCAAAAAUGACAUUUUGGUUAUGAAAUUAAUUAAUGGAUCAACUGACUUUGAUCAAAGGCUGCAGUUUACUUAAAACUGUUUGACAUAUUUGGAAAUAACUACACUGAAAAUUAUGUAGAUUGAGAUAGUUCAUUAGUCCCUACCAUUGUACAAUAUAGUACUCACCCAAAUUUUGGCAAUACUGUACAUUUUAAUUAUACAAUACUGAUUAAGAUAUCAUAAAUAAUUUUUCUGAGUACAUUCAUGAGUAACUAGAUUACAGAUGAAUUCUAAGAUUUCGAAAGGUAUACUCUUUCAGCAUUAUCUAGAAGUUUCUUCAUCAUAGAAAGAAAGAGAAUUAUAGGAAUAAUUUUGGAGGAAUACUCUAAAAAUCAGCUAUUUUCUACUCUUAAUAAAUACAUGAACCUAAAUAGCAGGAAUCUUCUGCAACUGUUUUCUUUGCUUCAGUCAUGUUAAUCAAUAUAAAUUCAAGGCAACAAUAACAUCUAUAUACUAUUAAAACUCUCAUAUUUGUAAUCUUUAACGGAACAAAAUGCUGCGCCAUUUUAGGGCAAAACAUUUUGAACCUCAAAUAGUACCCCAAAUAGACUAACUUGUCAAAUGCAUCCAAAAUCUGGAACUCAUGACGCCUGUGGAAAUGAAAUUUGGCAAAAGUUAUAAACAUUUCAUGACAUAAAAUUAUCAUACAUUUUAUGAUACAAUACAAAUUGUCAUAAAAGAUUUCCCAUGGUGAGCUCCUGAUGGUUGACUGUGCUAUGCAACUCUGAAUAGUUCCCUGAAUUUUUUAAAAAAGUUCUCUAGUGAAGGCAAUAUAGUAGAAGUAAUGCCAUUAUUAAAGGCAUCGGGGAAUUCAAAGUAAUAUCGCUGAAACGAUAACCCAAUGGGUCACAGACUGAUUAGUUAUAAUAUGGUCCAUAGAGAGGUGUGUUGAAAAAAAUCAAGAUGGCUGGUGCAACCAUACACUUGUGAUGGUUGUUAAAAUGGAUUG